CAAGGCCUUGCACACAUAACACAUCGAGCCCCAGCACCCCCUCUGGGGAUAAACCCCAGCCCCUGACCUCAACUCAUCGAUUCCAGUUGACAGUUGAAAAACCACCCGUAGCGAUGGCAGCUGCAGGUCUGCGCUGCCUCUGCCUCGUCUCCGCCCUCGCCUUCUCUUCGUGCUCGCUGUCGCUGGCCAGCAACCAGCGGGACGCCGACAGGGUGGCGCGCCUCCCCGGCCAGCCGGAGAGCCCGAGCGUGUCGCAGUUCGCCGGCUACGUCACGGUGAACGAGCGGCACGGGAGGGCGCUCUUCUACUGGUUCUUCGAGGCGCAGACGACGCCGGAGGAGAAGCCGCUCCUCCUCUGGCUCAACGGAGGACCCGGUUGCUCCUCGAUUGGCUAUGGAGCUGCAUCUGAGCUGGGGCCUCUCAGAGUUAUCAGACAAGGAGCAGCCCUGAAGUUCAAUGAGUACGCCUGGAACAAAGAGGCUAACCUACUGUUCUUGGAGUCUCCUGUUGGGGCUGGCUUCUCCUACACCAACACAUCCUCUGACCUUGACAAACUGAAUGAUGACUUUGUAGCUGAAGACGCUUAUAGCUUCCUAGAGAACUGGCUACAGCGAUUUCCGGAGUACAAGGACAGAGAGUUCUACAUUGCAGGAGAGAGCUAUGCAGGUCAUUAUGUGCCACAACUUGUUGAUCUUGUUUAUGAGAGGAACAAGGAGAAGAAGGGCAAAGCAUAUAUCAACAUCAAGGGGUUCAUUGUUGGCAAUCCUGCCACUAACCAUUACUAUGAUUCGAAAGGUCUAGCUGAGUAUGCCUGGAGCCACGCAAUUGUGUCGGAUGAAGUAUACAGCCGCAUUAAGAAGCACUGUGACUUCAAGAUUUCUAACUGGUCUGAUGGUUGCAACGCCGCCAUGGACAUUUUGUAUGGUCAGUACCAAGAGAUCGACAUGUACAACAUAUAUGCCCCCAAAUGCCUUCUCAAUCAGAGUUCAGCAUCAUCUGCAAACUUCGUGAAUGAUCAGUUCAGGAGAAGGAUACGGAUGUUCUCUGGCUAUGAUCCCUGUUACUCAUCCUAUCCUGAGGACUACUUCAACAAGCAGGAAGUGCAGAAAGCAUUUCAUGCGAAUUUCAGUGGAUUGCUCCCGGGGAAAUGGCAUGCCUGCAGUGAUCUCAUCCAGAACUCCUACAAUUUUUCGGUAUUCUCGGUCCUACCAAUAUACUCUAAGCUCAUCAAAGCAGGACUGAGAGUUUGGCUCUACAGCGGCGAUGCAGAUGGUUGGCUCCCAGUGAUCGGCUCCCGGUACUGCGUGGAAGCACUUGGCCUGCCGAUCAAGACCCAGUGGCAACCCUGGUACCUCGACAAACAGGUUGCUGGGAGGUUUGUGGAGUACCAUGGCUUGAGCAUGGUGACGGUCCGGGGCGCAGGCCACCUGGUGCCCCUCAACAAGCCUGCUGAAGCGCUGACGCUGAUCAACGCAUUCCUCCGUGGUGAGCAGCUUCCAACACACCGUUGAUGGACGUGUGCGGUGUGAUAGUGCAAGGUUCAGGGGAAGAUGGCAUUGGAUACAAGGAUGUUUGGCCCGAAACCGGCAACUUGGACUCUUGCAUUGGUUCAAGAAGUUAGCCUACUUGCGAAGUUUGAAUUUGGGACUUGUUUAUCAUGGUUGGCCAAAUACUUGGUGUUCAACAACUUGGACUUUUUCCUAA